GGGUUUUCCACUCUCAUUUCAUCAGAGAAAAAAUCGAAGAAACAUGGCGAUGGCGAGCGUGCGAUCUGGUCUCUUCCGAACCGCCCUUCGCGGCGGCUCUCGUCCUUCUGCUCCUCCCAAGCGAGGCUUCGCUUCCUCAUCUCUUGACGACGAUGCUCAUGAAACGGCAAAAUGGGAGAAGAUAACAUAUUUAGGCAUUGCUAGCUGUACUGUUUUAGCGAUUUAUAACCUAUCAAAGGGUCAUCCCCACCAUGAAGAGCCUCCUCCGUUCCCAUAUUUGCACAUUCGCAACAAGGAGUUCCCGUGGGGUCCAGAUGGUCUGUUUGAGGUGAAGCAUCACUAGGACAACAGAUGGCCUGUUGGACACAUUUCUUUCCGAGUUUAGCCCAUUUUCUUCAUUGUUACACAGAUCAAUCAGAUAACUGUGGAUCUUUUCUUGGAUGUUGAUUUUAGCACUUCCAUUUUGCUUUCUGGAUUUCAAGACUUGCAUUGCAAGUUCAUCAGGCUUUCUGUAUGGUUGUGCCCAUACUCUACUUUUUUGAAAUAAAAUUGAUGAAUAAUUCAUUGUUUUCUUUACA